AUGUCUCCUUCUACCUCCUCCGUCGUUGUUGCACGAGUUUUGUCCUCUUCCGCCUCCGUUAAACAAAACCCCUUGAAACGCAAACGCGACGAUGAGAUCACUGAAGAAGACGACGAGCAUCAACACACCGAGCCGACUCCUCCAUCUUGGGAGGCACUCUGCCUUCUUGGCCUUUACAUGGAGCCUGAGACUCUCGCCAUCGCCUCCUGCGUCUCAACAACGUGGCUAAAGUGUUUCUCCUCGGAAAAUCUGUGGAAGUCACUCAUAACCGCACGGACCGCACAACCUUGUUCUCCAUAUGCGUUUGCCUUGGAUAACACGGAACUCAUCUCGUACAAACACCUCGUCUCCACCGUCGAAAGGGACGCAAAACGCCGCCGCAAGGAUAAACCCGCGCCGGAAAUCAAGAUAGCCCUCUCGGAUCUUAGCUUCAUCGUCCACGUGUCAACCGGAACAAAGAAAGCAUCGGUUCUCAAAAAGGGGAAAGACCUCGUGUUUGGCCCUAACGACAAGUUUCAUAUCGAAGCUGACUUUAGCAGCUCGGACAUCACUUCCGAUGAGAAAGACGUGAGGCUGACGUGGCAAGUCGUGUACAAGAACUGGGAGAAGUUCUUCACCAUGGCGGAUAGUACAGGAUCGUUGGACGCAAGUUAUGGGUGGUUCACCGAUAAACUUGAAGACAAAGAUAACCGGAAACUUGUCGGAGACGUCAAGCCGAGUUUUAACGGUGAUGUUUUGGAGAAGAUAGGAUUUGCGAUAGUUGACUCAGAUGGAUGGGGAUCUCUGUUAGUUGACGGGUUUUUGAGAUAUCUUCAGGGGUUUUUGUUGGAAUAA